UGCACCGCACUGGACGUGGCGUUAUAUUGUCGCGACCCAACGUGGAUGUAGCAAGCAACCGCAGCUUCCAGUGUGAGCUAAAUGGAAACCUAUCCUACGUUUAUUGGUCGUUGCAGCUAAAACGAACUUUGCGUUGCCCUAUUUCAUUUAUUGCUCACUUAAACGUUUUCGGAAGGAGUUUAAAUACGGAUCAGUAGCGCAGCCUCAGUUUCUUCACGUGUCGCAGCAGUACCCUGGCUGAAAAUGAAGACUCCUGUGGAAGAAAAAGCAGCCAAGUUCUUGCUAGAAGCUUCCCUACUGUACAAAGAGACAUGCCCGGAGCUAUCAAGGUUCCUUAUGCAGUGGCCCAUGAAUGCAAAUGAAAAACAAAAGCAGACACCCUCAAGUUCGGUGCAGAAUGCCUCAAUGUGUCCAUCUUGUUAUCAGUGGCUGCGACCUGACAACCAUAGGGUGAGACUGCGGCCCAAGCGCCGUCCAUCAGCACGCGUGCAGAGCAUCCUGCGCAGGAAAGCCAGAGGCAAACGACUCAGCCUGAUGCAGAGAAAGCUGCUGCAUCGUUUCCAACAGUCCUGCUCAGUACUGAUGGCCACCUGCCACACUUGCAACACAACAUCCAGACACAAAGGAAUGAACAGGGAGUUUCUUGUUAACUUUGCCAAGACCCACAACACACCGGGGAGCGCCAGCAAAUACAAAACCCCCCAGUCAGCCAGCAGAGGCAACAUGAACACCCAGAAGACUCCUGGCAAAGACAAGACACCUGCUCAUACACCUAGGUCCUCUAUCACCUCUAGCACUUCAGGCUCAGGCUCAUCGUCCUCCAAACCUACUUCCAAACCUCCUUCUAAACCUCCUUCCAAACCUAAAAACUGGGUCGUUCAGCGUCUCAGCAAGAUCCUCAUGCGGGAAGACAACCAUGGGGUCAAGAAGGGGGGCUUGAAAGAUUUUCUUUCCUCACUUUGAAAUGCUCUUAAAUCCAUCUUGUCUUUCUGCCUGAUCUUAAAAACACAAGGGCUCGGAGCCAUGUUGUAACCUGUUUACACAGAGGGCGUAAGGGAACUUGAGAAAGUAACUUAGUUUCCAAGCUGGUGUGAGAGAGGUUACAGUUCACCCACAUGACUGUUGCUGGGCUGUUCGGAGUAGCACUCCUGGUGCCCUGAAUGCAACUGAGAGCAGUGGGCUGGUUGUUUCAACUAUUAAUUAGGGUUACUGCCUUUUUUAUUGAGCCAAUCAGAGUGCUUCUUUUGUCUAUUUAAGCUCAUGCCACCUUUAUUCCCUAAACUAGGGGUGAAUGUUUGACUGUCUCAAUGAGGAAUUGUUCAGUAUUUACCAAAUAGCUGCAACAUUGCAGAAAGUCCAACUUUGUUCUGUGUUGUCAUUUGGUUUCCUUCUCUGUUUGGGUUUUUCUUUCUUAAGUUUUACAUUUUUAUGAUGAAAUGUAUUCAUGCAACUUGAUGUCAUUUUUCUUUUGUAUUUAAAAUUCUUAACUCUCUUUAUUUUUGGCCCUCUCCAGCGGGGAGGUGUGUCUUUAGGUUAUUUUGGUAUGGCACUGCUGUACUUGAGAAAUGUAUAAAUAAUUUUUGCCACCUUAGCUUUUUCAUACAUACAUUUUUUUGUGAAAGGAUAUUUGUAAUCAUCUAGAAAGGGACUCAUCAGAUUAUGUUUACAUUGAUUGGGUGCUUCUGCCUGAAACCUCACUUUUGAUCAAAGACUUUACAUUUCUUUAAGUACUUUCUUUAACUAAAUGUUAUUUGUAAGGUUCAACUUUUCAAUAUCUUGUUAAGAGCAGGAAUUUAAAUAUCUACUGAUUUUUUUACUGCUUGAUUACCUGUUUUCCAUUAGCUAUUCAAUGUACAGUUAGUGUUUAAAUCCUGAAAUACCUCACAUUUGUAUUCCACCUACACCAAAACUCUAUGAAAUAAAAACUUUGAAGUCUGUGAUA